CUAACUUUGUUGUGCUAACUUUUCACCCUUGUUUUUAGUUUACCCAAUAUUUAAUGUGAAUAAGGUCGUUUGGAGCCAAUGAAAAUGUUUGGAGAAUUGUAGUAAUACAGGCAGCAGAACAUAUAGAGAUAACACUAACACAGUCUCUGCGCUCUAAUGGCAAAACUAGUUCCCAGUUUAGUUCAUCCAUUGAAAUCAAGGUUUUUCUCAAAUCGUCACACCCUUUUAACAAAACACUCUUUUAAUCUCAAUGGGGUACAAGUUCAACCAAGGCUUUCAUAUUCUUCUUCUUCAACAAAGAUUAGCAUGAGUCUCAAAGCUGGCAUUGUUGGCCUCCCUAAUGUUGGCAAAUCUACUCUCUUCAAUGCCGUUGUUGAAAAUGGAAAGGCUCAAGCUGCUAAUUUUCCUUUCUGUACAAUAGAGCCAAAUGUAGGGAUUGUUGCCGUUCCAGAUUCUCGUCUCCAUGUACUCUCCAAUCUCAGUAAAUCUCAACGAGUGGUUCCGGCAUCAAUAGAGUUUGUAGAUAUUGCUGGACUUGUCAAGGGUGCAAGUCAAGGCGAGGGGCUGGGUAAUAAGUUUUUAUCACAUAUUCGUGAGGUGGACUCAUUACUUCAGGUUGUACGAUGUUUUGACGACAAUGACAUCAUUCAUGUCAACGGGAAAGUUGAUCCUAAGUCUGAUAUUGAAGUUAUCAACCUGGAGCUUGUUUUCUCAGACUUGGACCAAAUUGAGAAAAGACUGGAUAAACUAAAAAAGGGCAAGGCAAAGGAUUCACAAUCUAAAGUCAAGGAAGAGGCAGAAAAGUCUGCAUUGGAAAAAAUACGUACAGCACUCAUGGACGGAAAACCUGCACGAUCUGUGACCUUAACAGAUUUUGAAAGGGACGCUGCAAAGCAUCUCUGCUUGCUCACCAUGAAACCCAUCAUAUAUGUGGCAAAUGUUGCAGAAUCUGAACUAGCUGAUGCUGCAAACAAUGAUUACGUUGUAGGUGUCAAGAAUGUUGCAUCAGAGUUGCAAUCAGGAAUUGUAACAAUUUCAGCACAGGUUGAGGCAGAGCUUACCGAACUACCAAUCGAAGAAAGGCAAGAAUAUUUGAAAUCUCUUGGUGUUAGUGAAAGUGGUCUUGGAAACCUAAUUAGAGCAACCUAUGAUCUUUUGGGGCUGCGUACUUAUUUUACUUCUGGUGAGAAGGAGACAAAAGCAUGGACAAUACUUGCUGGAAUGACUGCACCUCAAGCUGCUGGAGUUAUUCACUCUGAUUUUGAGAAGGGUUUCAUUCGAGCCGAAACAGUGUCUUAUAAUGAUUUUGUUGCUGCUGGGUCACUUGGUGCAGCACGGGAAAAAGGACUAUUGAGAUCUGAAGGUAAAGACUACAUUGUACAAGAAGGAGAUGUAAUGUUGUUUAGAUUCAAUGUAUAGCACAACUUACUUCUCCCAGCUGGGAAUCAGUGGAUGAGUUGAGAUAUAACUUAUGACAAAAUCAGGAAUAUUUUCAGCAAAUUGCUGGUUAUAGUUUGCAAAAGCAUUGUUUUGUUUUAGUGAAUGCUCCAAGCCAGGAGUCAGUGGAUUGAGACAUAAUUUAUGACUACAGGUCAAUUUUUUUUUCAGGCAAUUGCUAGUUAUACUUUGGAGCGGCAUUGUUUUGUUUUAGUCACUAUUUUUUUGUAUUACAUGAAAUUUGGUUGACAUUUUAUGAUAUCAUAAUAGUGAAAAGUCUCUCUCC